GUUAAUUAAGGAAAGAAAAAUCUUUGACAUUUUAAGAGGUCUUUAGGGACUACAGUGACUAGACUAUAGAUGAAUAAUUCGGGUAAAGAUAACGAUGAGCUGGCUUCUGAUGGGACAGAGAAACCAAAUCCGGUGAAAGUUAGAGACUGGCUUCACGAUGCAUGGAAGGGGUCUUUUAACUUUUAUAGAAUACACAUGCUCGUUUUUACUAUCGCACCACUCAUCUUUGGUGCUAUCAUCUACGCUGGCGAUACAAACCACGGUUUCGCAUACAUAGAUACCUUGUUCGUCGCAACUUCUGCCUUCACUGUCACAGGUCUAUCUACAAUUGAGCUCAGUCAUUUUAACGGAUUUCAACAAGCUGUACUAUUCUUUUGUAUGUCAAUUGGUUCAGUCUCGACCGUAUCAAUUGUUAUGGUCAUCAUAAGAAGAUUCUACUUCAGAAAGCGGUUUGAACAUGUUAUUAUGACAGAGAAUAAGAGAAAAGCACAGCGAAGACCUUCGUGGUAUGAAGUGGCAACCUCUUCAGCCAGAGAAACUGCAUCAGGUAUUAGAUCCCGUUUUAGACAAUCAUCACAACGUCCUUCAGAUCAUUCUGAGCGUCCUUCAACUCCAAACAAUAUAUCUCCAUCAUCGUCAUCAUCGUCAUCUGAAUUCAAGACACCUAUCAAACCUGCAGGUGGAACCAAAUUGAAUAGGGUUGCAAGAUCACUAGGUAUUGGCACAUCUGCACAUCAUGACCCUGAUAGCAUACCUCCAAUCGGUGACAAGCAGAAGAAGAAACGAAGGUUCACACCAUCAAUGAUUCGUCGUGUCGAUGCACCAGCUCUGAUUAAUAGAAUGGCACCUGGUGGUUGGAUAUCUGAUAAGGCGUCUGCUAAAUCCAUGUCACCACCGCAUUCACCAAUGCAAUCGCAUCAAGACAUCAAGAAUCAAUACAAGAAUGCGGACAAUGAACACGCACUCGACACAGACUCAGAAUCUGAAGAAGAAGAUGCUGAAAAGAUGGCUGGACAGCAACAACAACAACAGCGGAAGAGAUCUUCAGUUACCUUACAGGCUUCCGGAAGACCAUCUAGGAUUGGUAGAGGUGAAUCAUUCGGCUCUAGAUCAAUAGACAGGCCAUCGCAAGAUCCACAGCCUCAACCUAUUAUUGUAGAUCAUGGGAAUUCUCAAGUUGAUGAAGAGAAAUUUCCACGUAGUGCCACCAUUGGAUUCCGUGAGCCUGAUUUAUCGAUCAAUCGACAAAGGACUGCAGGAACAAACCUUGAUAGAAGUAACACCUAUCAGUCGGGUAGAUCAAGAUCUAUAGCACCAUCAGGAUAUUUCCCUAGAACUACAACCAAGCCAUAUUCAACACGUGAUAGGAAUUUUGGUGGUUUUCCAGGCCCAUUGACAUUGAUAACACGAUUCGUCGAUAAGAUUUUCCCACAAUUUAGAUCUAGACUUGAUAGAUCUGUUACUAUACCAUACACCCACACGUAUACUUCACAACCAGAGGGCACAAUUGGUGGACUUGGUAGUCGGGGUAAGCACGCACCUUAUAUCACCUUCGACGCUAUCGUUGGGCGUAAUUCCGUCUUCAAGGACCUGACAGAUGAGCAACUCGAUGAACUAGGUGGUGCCGAAUAUCUUGCUUUGAAAAUACUCACAGUUAUUCUGAUAUUCUAUUAUUUCUUCUUCCAGUUAAUUGGAUUGACUAUUAUUGCACCUUAUAUCAAUGAAAUUCCAAGAUUUAGAAAUACGGUUGAAGAGGAGGCACCAAAUUUGAAUCCAGUAUGGUAUACUGCUUUCAAUACAGUUAGUGCGUAUAGUAAUACUGGUAUGAGUCUUGUUGAUAGUUCGUUGCAAAAAUUUCAAACGGCUUACGGAAUGUACCUUCCUAUAUCAUUCCUAAUUUUGCUCGGCAACACAUGUUUUCCAAUAAUGUUAAGGUUUAUAAUUUGGUUAGGUACGAAAGUAGUCAGAAAAGAAUCUCAAGAAUAUAGGGGAUUACAUUUCUUGCUUGACCAUCCGAGAAGAGCUUUUCUUUAUCUUUUCCCAUCUCACCAAACUUAUUUCCUUUUAUCAAUGGUCGUCAUCAUGGUUGUCACUGAUUGGGUUUGCUUCCUAUUAUUGGACAUUGGUACACCAUCUAUAGAAGAAAUACCACUUGGUACUCGAUUUGCGUGUGGAUUUAUGCAAGCUACAGCAGUUAGAGCUGCAGGAUUUAAUAUAGUUAAUCUCGCAAAUCUAUCGCCAUCAGUCCAAUUACUCUAUUUAAUUAUGAUGUUCGUAUCGGUCUAUCCUAUAGCUUUGUCAGUUAGAGGUACGAACGUAUAUGAAGAGAUGAGUUUGGGAAUUUACUCAAAUGAUGAUCAAAGUUCUGAAGAACCAAACGAAGAUAAUGUAGACUCUACUGCUUCGCCAUCGAGAGGUAAAUUAUGGGGUAGCUAUUUUGGUUGGCACGUCAAAAAGCAACUAUCGUUUGAUAUCUGGUGGUUAGCGUUCGUGUUAUUCCUUCUCUGCAUCAUUGAAAGGGGCAAGAUACUCGACGAAGAGAAGAGUUAUUUUACAAUCUUUAGUAUACUCUUUGAAGUAGUCAGUGCAUACGGUACUUGUGGUCUCAGUCUUGGUGUCAGUGAUAAAAAUUACUCAUUAUCAGGCGAGAUGCGUACAUUAUCAAAAUUGUUACUUAUGGUUGUCAUGAUUCGUGGUCGUCAUCGUGGAUUACCAAACGCUAUAGAUAGAGCCGUGCUCUUACCAUCUGACCUUCGGGAAACUGAUCAACAAAUGGCAGAUCAGCAAUCGCAAGCUGAAGCUUUACGCAGAACUCGCUCAAUGGCUACCAGUUUCUCAGCUGCUCGUAAUAACACCUUCUAUCGUGAACUUGAAAAUAACUACCGUGGUCCCCCAUUCCCAAUGCCACAAAGCAACGAAGAAGACGACAAAUUGGCUACUAUAAAUGAACAAACUCAACAACCAACACCUAGUCUAUCACCUGAAUCUACAAAUGUUGGUUUACCAGCAGAUUUAUCACCUAAACACGAAAACAAACCUGAUAUUCCAGCUUUAAGUGAAGAACCAGAGGAUAGAUCACAUUCACCAUCACAAUCACAGGCUAACAAGGAUGAUUAGCUUGUCUCUUUUCAUAUAUUUUCUCAUUGUUAACUCGCAUCAG